AUGCAUUGUGAGAGGUUUCUAUGUGUCCUGAGAAUAAUUGGAACUACACUUUUUGGAGUCUCUCUCCUCCUCGGAAUCACAGCUGCUUAUAUCGUUGGCUACCAGUUUAUCCAAACGGAUAAUUACUACUUCUCCUUUGGACUCUAUGGUGCCUUUUUAGCAUCACACCUCAUCAUCCAAAGCCUCUUUGCCUUCUUGGAACACCGGAAAAUGAAAAAGUCCCUCGAGACCCCCAUUAAAUUGAACAAAAGCGUCGCUCUUUGCAUCGCGGCAUAUCAAGAAGACCCUGACUACUUACGGAAAUGCUUGCAGUCUGUGAAAAGGUUGACCUACCCUGGAAUUAAGGUUGUGAUGGUCAUCGACGGGAACUCAGAUGAUGACCUUUACAUGAUGGACAUCUUCAGUGAAAUCAUGGGCAGGGACAAAUCAGCCACUUACAUCUGGAAGAACAACUACCACGAAAAGGGACCUGGGGAGACAGAAGAGUCCCAUAAGGAAAGCUCACAGCAUGUAACCCAAUUGGUCUUGUCUAACAAGAGCAUUUGCAUCAUGCAAAAAUGGGGCGGAAAGAGAGAAGUCAUGUACACAGCCUUCAGAGCCCUGGGACGAAGUGUGGAUUAUGUACAGGUGUGUGAUUCAGACACCAUGCUUGACCCUGCCUCAUCUGUGGAGAUGGUGAAAGUUCUAGAAGAAGACCCUAUGGUCGGAGGUGUUGGGGGCGAUGUCCAGAUUUUAAACAAGUAUGAUUCCUGGAUCUCCUUCCUCAGCAGUGUGAGAUACUGGAUGGCUUUUAAUAUAGAAAGGGCCUGCCAGUCUUAUUUUGGGUGUGUCCAGUGCAUAAGCGGUCCUCUGGGAAUGUACAGAAACUCCCUACUGCAUGAGUUUGUAGAAGACUGGUACAAUCAGGAAUUCAUGGGCAACCAAUGCAGUUUUGGUGAUGAUAGGCAUCUUACCAACCGGGUGCUGAGUCUGGGCUAUGCAACAAAAUACACAGCUCGGUCCAAGUGCCUUACUGAAACACCUAUCGAGUAUCUCAGAUGGCUGAACCAGCAGACCCGUUGGAGCAAGUCCUACUUCCGAGAGUGGCUGUACAACGCCAUGUGGUUUCACAAACAUCACUUGUGGAUGACCUACGAAGCUGUUAUCACUGGAUUCUUCCCUUUCUUUCUCAUUGCUACAGUCAUCCAGCUCUUCUACAGGGGUAAAAUCUGGAACAUCCUCCUCUUCCUGUUAACUGUCCAGCUAGUGGGUCUCAUAAAGUCAUCUUUUGCCAGCUGCCUUAGAGGGAAUAUUGUCAUGGUCUUCAUGUCUCUCUAUUCAGUGUUAUACAUGUCAAGUCUACUUCCUGCCAAGAUGUUCGCAAUUGCAACCAUAAACAAAGCUGGGUGGGGCACAUCUGGAAGGAAAACCAUUGUUGUCAAUUUUAUAGGACUUAUUCCCGUGUCCGUGUGGUUUACAAUUCUUCUCGGUGGUGUGAUUUUCACCAUUUACAAGGAAUCGAAAAAGCCAUUUUCCGAAUCCAAACAGACUGUUCUCAUUGUGGGAACCUUGAUCUACGCAUGCUACUGGGUCAUGCUUUUGACUCUGUAUGUGGUUCUCAUCAAUAAGUGUGGCAGGAGGAAGAAGGGACAACAGUACGACAUGGUGCUUGAUGUAUGA